AUGGUGACGCGACACUCCUGCCAGUGCCACACUCUCGACAUUCUAUUCGCCGGCCUGGGGUUGGGGCCUGUUUUGUUCGUGCUGGUGGUCGGCAGCGGCUUUCUGAGCUCAUGGACCGGCUUGGGGGACCAGGGGCUAGUUGAGGACUUCGAGCCUCCACCUCAGGGCAGCAACGCAACCACCAUCCUCUACUACACGACGUGGUUUGAAAAUGUGGUCGCUCCACUCACAGGGUAUAAGCUCAAAACAUGCCCAGGCCAUGGCGCAGCACCCCUGGAAUGCGCGUUCACGAGCAACAAGCGAGCGCUCGACCAGGCGCACGUGGUUGUGUUCCACUCGCGCGACCUCGAACUGGCCAAGAUGCCUGCGGCCAGGCCGUUCGCCUCGCAGCUGUGGGCCUACUGGUCAGAGGAGAACCCCCUGUACGACCACCGCUCGUGCGGGUGGUACUACCGGUUCAAGUGGUGGGAGCGCCAGUGCGACAAGGUGUCACUCGACCCCGAGAGAUUGGCCCUGUUCGACCUGCGCAUGGGGUACCAGCUGUGGUCCGAGGUGGUGGUCUCCUACAUCCACCCCUCGCUCAAGCAGCACACAGACCGACCGAUGUCGCCCAGCUGGCAGGAGCGGCGGAACGCGGUGGUGUGGAUCGCCAACAACUGCGCCUCGUUCAACAAGCGCGAGAAGUACAUCGCAGCGCUCAUGAAGCAUUACCCGGUGCACUCCUACGGCGACUGCCUGCGCACCAUGCCCGGCAAGGAGGGCAAGGUGAGCGAAGAAGAGAUAUUGAAGCUCAUGAGCCAGUACAAGUUUGCCUUCGCCUGGGAGAACGCCAACUGCGCGGACUACGUGACGGAGAAGCUGGUGCAUGUGUUCAUCUCGGGCGGGCUGCCGAUCGUCGACGGACCCGACGACUACUCCCCGUUCGUGCCCAACAACCACUCAGUCAUUCGGGUGUCCGACUUCGCCGGACCCAAGGCCCUGGCCGACCACCUGCGGCUGCUCGAGAAGGACCAAGCCCUGUACGAGAGCUACUUCACCUACAAACCGCCCACGUCCCACUACCACCCGGCAUUCCUCGCGGCCGACCUGGGCCAGGACAUCGGUUGCAAGCUCUGUCGAGCUGUUGCACAGCAACGGGUGGAGGCCCAUGCAGGCCGCAAGAAGGUGGUGCAGCUGGAUGGGUCGUGCACGCGGCGGCGGUGGGACCGCGAGUACUACGAUGACGGCACCAUGUCGUCCGGGCCGGCGGAGCUGUGGAUCGAGGAGUGGGGCUUCGGCAGCGAGGACCUCGUACUCUGGGCGAUCGGGGUCGGGGGCAUGCUGGCUUCCCUGCUUCUCGCUCGGUUGCAUCGCCGUAAGCACAGGCUCGAAAAAAGCACACGAUAA